GUUCUUGCGUUUGCUUUUCAGCGAUUCGGUUUUUUUUUCGGCAGUACGCGUAAACUUUUAGAGGGAAAAGCAAUGCUUAAUAUUGCCAAUCGAGUGUAGCAGAGGAAUUGCCUAGAUCCUUGUCUGUAUUACCUUCAGAAUGGAACAAAGAAGAUUCGCGCAAUGGCUGAAAGAGCACGCAAUAUUCACUCUAAUGGCUGCGUUGCUUGUGUUUGGUGCGGUGGCACGAGCGCAGAUUCAGUAUUCCAUCUCAGAGGAACAGAAGGACGGAGCUGCGGUGGGAAAUAUCGCGAAGGAUUUGGGCAUUGAUCACAGAACCUUAAAAGAGCGAGGAUUUCGCAUCGUCUCGACCUCAGGCGAGUCCAUGUUCAGUGUAAAUCAGAAUGACGGUGUCUUGUAUGUGAACGGUAAGAUGGAUAGAGAGGAGAUCUGCGAGAGAAGCACUCCUUGUUUAAUAAAUCUGAAAAUUGCUCUAGAAAACCCACUUGAAAUCCACUAUGUAACUGUUGAGAUUUUGGACGUAAACGACCACGCGCCGAGUUUUCCGGAAAGCGAGAUGCAUUUAGAGAUCGGGGAAUCUGCCCUGCCCGGGGCGCGCUUUCAGCUUGAGGCUGCCCGCGAUUCUGAUAGUGGCAGCAAUUCUGUGCAUCAUUACAAACUCAGUCAUAACGAUAAUUUCCGACUUGAAGUCAAAGAUCGCGGAGAAGACGGUAAAAUCCCUAUCCUUAUUUUACAAAAGCCUUUAGACCGUGAGGUUAUUCGAAACAUUAUUUUGCAACUAAUUGCUGUUGAUGGGGGAAAGCCUGCCAAGUCUGGGACAAUGGAGAUAAAGAUUAAUGUUAUAGAUAUAAAUGAUAACGUGCCAGUUUUUACAAAAGAUGUUUAUUCAGUCAUGCUGAGUGAAAAUGCGCCUAUAGGUACAACCGUGAUACAGGUCAACGCCACAGAUUUGGAUGAGGGAUCGAAUGGUGAGAUAAUUUAUUCAUUUGGUAAAAGUGUUAAUAGUAAAGUACGUAAGCUUUUUGAUAUUAACACCAUCACUGGUGAGAUAACUGUAGAAGGGGCCUUAGAUUAUGAAGACAAAGACAGCUAUGAGAUUGAUAUACAAGCAUCUGACAAAGGAAUUGUUCCCCAUACAACAGAUAAGAGUAUAAUGAUUAAAAUUAUGGAUAUAAAUGACAAUAAACCUGAAAUAGAGGUGACAUCAUUUUCAAAUGCAAUUCCUGAGGAUUCUAGACCUGGUACUAUAGUGGCUUUGAUUAGUGUCACUGAUUUAGAUUCUGGACUCAAUGGCAAAGUCUCUUGUUCAUUAGAAGAUGACCUGCCUUUCAAACUAAUGCCUUCUUCACAGCAUAGUACAUACUCAUUAGUUUCCACAUCACCAUUAGACAGGGAAACUAAAUUUCAGUAUGACAUCACAAUAGUUGCAAAGGAUGCUGGACAGCCAUCACUGUCUUCUGUUAAAACUAUAACUGUCCAGAUAUCAGAUGUAAAUGACAAUAGUCCAGAGUUCUCCAUUUCCCCUUAUGCGUUUUAUGUGGUUGAGAAUAAUGCUCCCGGCAAAUCUUUAUUUUCUGUUUCUGCCUCUGACAAAGAUACAAAUGAAAACAGUGUGAUCAGCUAUCAAAUAUGGAGAGAUGGUGUAGAAAACGCAUAUACAUCUUUCAUUAACAUUAACUCUGAAAAUGGAGAGAUUUAUGCACUAAAGAGUUUUGAUUUUGAAACUACCAAAACCUUCCAGUUCCAUGUUCUCGCCACAGACUCUGGAAGUCCGUCUCUGAGCAGUAACGUGACAGUGAACGUGUUUAUUCUGGAUCAGAACGACAACGUUCCAGUGAUCUUAUAUCCAGUCAGCGCUAACGGUUCUGCUGAGGGUGUGGAAGAGAUUCCCCGGAAUGUGAACGCUGGUCAUUUGGUGACUAAAGUCAGAGCCUAUGACGCAGAUAUAGGAUACAACGGCUGGUUAUUGUUUUCACUGCAGGAAGUGAGUGAGCACAGUCUCUUUAGUUUGGACCGCUAUACAGGACAGAUAAGAACCCUUCGCUCAUUCACAGAAACAGACGAGGCCCAGCAUAAACUGCUCAUACUGGUCAAAGACAAUGGGAACGUUUCGCUCUCAGCAACAGCGACUGUGAUUGUCAAAGUUGUGGAGCCCAAAGAGGCUUUUGCAGCUUCUGAUGUUAAAAACGCAGUAAAAGACGAGGAGGAAAACGACGUGACAUUUUAUCUGAUCAUCACUUUGGGCUCGGUUUCAGUGCUUUUUGUCAUCAGCAUCAUCGUGUUGAUUGUGAUGCAGUGCUCGAAAUCUACAGACUAUUCGUCCAAGUAUUUACAGGACACAAAUUACGACGGGACUCUGUGUCACAGCAUCCAGUACAGAUCUGGAGACAAACGGUAUAUGUUAGUUGGACCCAGAAUGAGUAUCGGCUCUACAAUAGCGCCAGGCAGUAAUAGGAAUACUCUAGUGAUACCAGAUCGCAGGAGGAGAGAUUCUGGAGAGGUAAGCGAAUGA